UCGCUUCAGGAAAAAACAAGAGGCACCCCAUCGCUCGGGCGUCGGGGAGGGGGACAACCAAAUCUUCUCUGUUCUGUAUCGCCCGCAUCUGUUCGUCUCUCCCGGCGGCGGCGGUGGCGGUGGCGGUGGCGACGAUGGGGCUCGAGAUGGAGCCGAUGGCGGCGGCGAUAGGCGUGUCGGUGCCCGUUCUCCGGUUCCUCCUCUGCUUCGCGGCCACCAUCCCGACGGGUCUCCUCUGGCGGGCGGUGCCAGGAGCCACGGGGCGGCACCUCUACGCGGGGCUCAGCGGCGCCGCGCUCUCCUACCUGUCCUUCGGGGCCACCUCCAACCUCCUCUUCGUCGUGCCCAUGGCGCUCGGCUACCUCGCUAUGCUCCUCUGCCGUCGCCACGCCGGCCUCGUCACCUUCCUCGGCGCCUUGGGCUUCCUCAUCGCAUGCCACGUGUAUUAUAUGAGUGGGGAUGCGUGGAAGGAGGGAGGAAUCGAUGCAACUGGUGCUUUAAUGGUUUUAACAUUGAAAGUCAUUUCAUGCGCAAUAAACUACAGUGAUGGUCUUUUGAAGGAAGAGGGCCUGCGUGAUGCUCAGAAAAAGUAUCGCUUGGCUAAGCUUCCUUCUCUAGUUGAAUAUUUUGGUUACUGCCUCUGCUGUGGCAGCCACUUUGCUGGACCAGUAUAUGAGAUGAAAGAUUAUCUUGACUGGACCGAAAGGAAAGGAAUAUGGGCCGGCUCAACUCCUUCUCCAUUGUUACCUACUCUGCGUGCUCUAGUUCAGGCAGGAAUAUGCAUGAGUUUAUAUUUGUAUCUGUCACCUCGGUUUCCACUUUCUCGAUUUAGUGAGCCCCUAUAUUAUGAGUGGGGUUUCUGGCACCGGCUCUUCUUUCAGUACAUGUCAGGUUUUACUGCUCGUUGGAAAUACUACUUUAUAUGGUCAGUUUCAGAAGCUUCAGUUAUUAUAUCCGGUCUGGGCUUCACCGGUUGGUCUGAUUCUUCUCCCCCAAAAGCCAAAUGGGAGCGUGCUAUAAAUGUUGAUAUUCUAGGUGUUGAAUUAGCUGGAAGUGCAGUUCAAUUGCCACUUAAGUGGAAUAUUCAAGUGAGCACAUGGCUGCGAUACUAUGUGUACGAGAGGUUAAUCCAGAAAGGAAAGAAGCCUGGUUUCCUUCAGUUGCUUGGUACACAGACUGUCAGUGCUAUCUGGCAUGGACUGUAUCCAGGAUAUAUGAUAUUCUUUGUUCAGUCGGCAUUGAUGAUAAAUGGUUCCCGAGUUAUAUACAGAUGGCAGCAAGCUGUGAGCAACUCAGUACUCCACACUAUCCUGACUUUACUAAAUUUUGCAUACACGAUGAUGGUGCUCAACUACUCAUGCAUUGGCUUCCAGGUACUGAGCUUCCAGGAAACGUUAGCAUCCUACAAGAGCGUAUAUUAUGUCGGUACAAUUGUUCCCAUUCUAUGUGUCCUGCUGGGCUAUGUUAUCAAGCCAGCCAGGCCUGUGAAGCCGAAGGCUCGGAAGGCUGAAUGAGGAACAGAGGGAACACUUGUCAUUAAAUAGGGGAAGGAUCAAUGAUGAUUAUGACCAGCUAGUUUUCAGUUUACUUCCAUCUUUGUGGAAUGAAAUGACAUUUAGCAAAGGAUAAUUUGGUGGCUCCAUCCAACUCAUACACUUUGGAGUCAUUGACCAAUCAUUAAAACGUGUCAUUUUCGUUGGGUUCAUCUUACUUUUGUAUUACCACUAUAUGCAACACAUGAUUUUUCUGCCCAAGCAGAUUAUUAUUUAUUUUUAUUUGCAAAGACGAAGCCUUUUGUUA